UAACGGCGAGGGUAAAACCCUGUAUUUUCAGCACUUCGUCUCCCAGCUUACCGGCCGGGACCUCCCCUCCGCGUGUGCGCAGCUCACCCCGCGUUACGGCGGCGGCUCCGCGGGCGCGCAGCGCUCCGGCCGGCGCCCCCCGGGCUGGGCAGCGGCUGCGCGCCUGGAGAGGCGCCGACACCCUUCCCGGGAAAGGGGAGGGGGCGAGAAAAGGGGGGGGGGGAAGAAAAGAAGGAACCCCCCCCGCCCCCAGAGGUUGCCGGUUUCCAGCGCAAGCGGCGCGGCUGUGCGCCCUCACGUGAGGGGAGAGCUGCGGGCCGUGGCUGCCCCCGCCUGCCGCCGCCUCCCUUCACACUGCCCCGGGUCCCCGUCCCCGUCCCCGUCCCCGUCCCCGUCCCGUCCCCUCCGCCUUCCGCCGCCGGGCCGGGAGGAGGGCGGGGGAGGGCUUUCCCACAAUGCUUUGUGGGGACGUUGACAAGUGGAUCCAAGAUGGCGUAGAAAGUAAUGACAGGAUUUCUGUCCCUGAGUCAUGGCAGACAGAAGACCAGAGAAGGCAUGUGAACAAGCAUGUGAAUCUCUUAAGCAGCAGGAUUAUGAAGUGGCAGUGAAGCAUUGCACAGAGGCUCUCCUUUCCCUCAGCCAGUACCCCCCAGCUCACCUCCCGGAGCCAUGCCAGGCACAAAUCGACCGCAUCAAAAUCGAGACUCUUCUGUAUAGAAUUGCUUCCUUUUUACAACUUAAAAAGUAUGGGCAAGCAGAUGAAGACUGUAGGCAUGUGCUGGGAGAGGGGCUGGCCAAGGGCGAUGGAUCUUUCCGUGCAGUGCUCUGCUGCAUGCAUCUUAAAGGGAAGCUGCAAAUUGUGUCUAAUGUUCUUUCCAAAUCACUGAUGGGUGAAUCACUGAACGGGAUGGUAACUAAAGAUCUGACACGACUGAAAACACUUCUUGCUGAAACAGAGGCAGCUGGUAAAGUACCAUCAGGAUAUCUUGUAGAAGAUUUAGAAGAAGGGUCCCGGGAUGGCUGGCAGUUCCGCCCUCCACCCCGGGGAGUCACAAGCAGUGAAGAAUAUACACUAUGUAAAAGAUUUUUAGAGCAAGGGAUCUGCAGGUACGGUGCACAGUGUACUUCAGCACAUUCCCAGGAAGAGCUAACAGAAUGGCAAAAACGAUAUGCUUCCCGCUUGAUCAGAUUAAAACAGCAGAAGGAAAACAAACAAUGUUCGGGCAGUUAUAUGGAAACCUUGAUUGAGAAAUGGAUGAAUUCGUUAUCUCCUGAGAAAGUGCUUAGUGAAAGUGUAGAAGGAGUGAGAGUAGAACAUAAUCCUGAGCUAUCGGUAACUGUCACCACCAAAAAGUCUCAUCAGACAUGGACGUUUGCUCUCACUUGUAAGCCUGCAAGAAUGCUGUAUCGAGUGGCAUUGCUUUAUGAUGCCCAUCGUCCACAUUUUAGUAUCGUUGCAAUAUCUGCUGGAGACAGCACUACCCAGGUAUCACAAGAAGUUCCAGAAAACUGUCAGGAAUGGAUAGGAGGAAAGAUGGUCCAGAAUGGAAUAGAUCAUUAUAUAUACAAAGUCAGUAUAGCCUUCAACACAGAAAUCUUUGGAACUUUUCGCCAAACUGUUGUGUUUGAUUUUGGAUUAGAACCAGUCCUCAUGCAACGAGUAAUGAUUGAUGCUGCUUCAACUGAAGAUCUUGAAUACCUGAUGCAUGCACGGCAACAGCUACUAACCACAGCUAAGCGUUGGGAUUCCACUUCUAAGACUAUUGUAGAAUUUGAGCCUAAUGAAACUACUGAAUUGGAGAAGAGCCUUCUUACCAGAUACCAAAUCCCUCUGUCUGCUGACCAGCUAUUUACACAAUCUGUGCUGGACAAAUCAUUGACCAAGAGCAACUAUCAGUCACGGCUACAUGACCUCCUGUACAUUGAGGAAAUAGCACAGUAUAAGGAAGUUAGCAAGUUCAACAUAAAAGUGCAACUGCAGAUUGUAGCAAGCUUCAUGCUCACCGGGGUUUCUGGAGGUGCAAAGUACGCCCAAAAUGGACAACUUUUUGGCCGCUUUAAGCUCACUGAAACACUUUCGGAAGACACUUUGGCUGGACGGCUGGUGAUGACCAAAGUCAAUGCUGUUUAUUUAUUGCCUGUCACUAAAGAGAAGUCAGCACAGACCCAAGGAACCAAAGAGAAGGUUUAUGAAGCAGCUAUUGAGGAGAAAACAAAGGAUUAUAUCUUCUUGAGGGUAUCCAGGGAAUGCUGCGAAGAACUUAAUCUUCGGGCAGAUUGUGAAAUGCAGGUUGAACUCCAGUUUCAGUUAAAUCGCUUACCCCUCUGUGAAAUGCAUUAUGCCUUGGACAGGAUUAAGGACAACAGUAUUUUGUUUCCAGAUGUCAGCAUGACUCCCACCAUACCCUGGAGUCCCAACAGACAAUGGGAUGAGCAGUUGGACCCUCGACUAAACGCUAAGCAGAAGGAGGCUGUUCUGGCUAUCACUACUCCACUGUCCAUACAGCUGCCUCCUGUUCUUAUCAUCGGUCCCUAUGGGACAGGAAAAACCUUCACUCUGGCUCAGGCAGUCAAGCACAUACUCCAACAACAGGAUACUAGCAGGAUUCUCAUUUGCACCCAUUCUAAUAGUGCUGCUGAUCUCUACAUAAAGGAUUAUUUACAUCCAUAUGUAGAAGCAGGCAACCCCCAGGCAAGACCUCUCAGGGUAUAUUUCAGAAAUCGCUGGGUAAAGACUGUCCACCCAGUUGUGCAUCAGUACUGUUUGAUUUCGAGCACACAUUCCACCUUUCAGAUGCCACAGAAAGAAGACAUUCUUAAGCAACGAGUAGUAGUUGUUACUUUAAAUACAUCACAGUAUCUGUGUCAACUGGAUCUUGAACCAGGUUUUUUUACACACAUUCUGUUAGAUGAAGCUGCGCAGGCUAUGGAGUGCGAAACUAUUAUGCCUCUGGCAUUAGCUAAUAAAAACACAAGAAUUGUCUUGGCUGGAGACCAUAUGCAGCUCAGUCCUUUUGUCUACAGUGAAUUUGCCAGGGAAAGAAACCUUCAUGUUUCAUUGCUUGAUCGGCUCUAUGAGCACUACCCUGCAGAAUUUCCAUGCAGGAUCUUGCUGUGUGAGAACUAUCGCUCCCAUGAAGCUAUCAUCAAUUAUACAUCCGAACUUUUCUAUGAAGGCAAAUUGAUGGCAAGUGGAAAGCAGCCAGCACACAAAGAUUUCUACCCUUUGACUUUCUUCACAGCACGGGGAGAAGAUGUGCAAGAAAAAAAUAGUACAGCUUUUUACAAUAAUGCAGAGGUGUUUGAAGUAGUAGAGCGUGUUGAAGAAUUAAGAAGAAAAUGGCCUGUUGCCUGGGGCAAGUUGGAUGAUGGCAGUAUAGGUGUCGUAACGCCUUACGCUGAUCAAGUGUUCAGAAUUCGGGCUGAACUUCGGAAAAAAAGACUGUCUGAUGUCAGCGUAGAGAGAGUGCUAAAUGUUCAGGGAAAACAGUUUAGAGUUUUGUUUCUCAGCACAGUACGAACACGGCAUACGUGCAAACAUAAGCAAACGCCAAUUAAACGGAAAGAGCAGUUACUGGAGGAUUCAACAGAAGACUUGGAUUAUGGUUUUCUGUCUAAUUACAAACUUCUCAACACUGCCAUUACAAGAGCACAAUCCUUGGUAGCUGUGGUGGGAGAUCCUAUUGCUUUAUGUUCCAUUGGAAGAUGCAGGAAAUUUUGGGAAAGGUUUAUUGCCCUAUGUCAUGAGAAUGAAAGUCUCCACGGUAUCACAUUUGAACAGAUCAAAGCUCAGUUGGAAGCUUUGGAGUUAAAGAAAACUUAUGUGUUGAACCCACUGGCCCCUGAGUUUAUCCCCCGAGCUCUUCGGCAUCAACAUUCAGCAAAUACCACCAAACAACAGCAGUCACCACCAAAGGGCAAGGUCCAUCAUCAUAACCAGAACGACCACUUCCCACCUGAUGGAAUUGUUCAGCCCAAUCCUUCUGUUUUAAUUGGAAAUCCUAUCCGAGCAUAUACUCCUCCCCCUCCUCCUCUGGGACCUCACCCCAAUCUGGGGAAAUCUCCGAGUCCUGUUCAAAGGAUAGAUCCACACACUGGGACAAGUAUUCUCUAUGUACCUGCUGUCUAUGGAGGAAAUAUGGUCAUGUCUGUGCCUUUGCCUGUACCAUGGACGGGGUAUCAGGGUAGGUUUGCAGUUGACCCUCGAAUCAUUACUCAUCAAGCAGCUAUGGCAUAUAAUAUGAACCUGUUACAGGCACAUGGGCGUGGGUCUCCUAUUCCUUAUGGCCUGGGACAUCACUCACCAGUUAGCCUAGGACAGCAGCAGCAGCUUCAGCAUCAGGACAAGGAGCAACACGAACAAAGUCGAAAUGGUAAAAGUGAAAACACUGCUGGACCUGAAAUCAGUAAAAUUCGAACACCUGAGAAGAAACCUCUGGAAUCCAAGCAGGUUGACUUAGAAGCACAUUCUCAGAAUAGAAGCCCAGAGUCACGUUCUGGCGUUGGUUAUCCUAACGCUAAAUUUCAUCGCAAAGAUAAUCUUAACCCCAGGCAGCUGAAUCUCCAUCUCACCCCACCCCACUCCCAGUACGCAGUUCCCAACCGCCACUUCCAGCACCUGUCACAGCUACCAAGGCAGCCAUAUCCUCUGCAACAGCAGCAAAACCUUUUAAGUCAACAACAAAAUCAUUUGCCUGAACAACAAAACCAAAUGCCACCCCAGCAAAGCCAGGUAGUUCAGCAGCAUAACCAUUUGAAUCAGCAGCCUCCACCACCUUCGCAGCUUUCCCCUGCUUACCCGGCAGGCCCCAGCCAGUCUUUUUUUAAUAAUCCAAUUCCCCACCGACCGCAUUCUCCUGCUGUAGAUGCUGUGAUUUCAGAACAACACCCCCCACCUAUGUUACAAGAAGUCAAUAAUCCUUUGAGGCCUAUUGCACAGCACAACCCUGUUCUGCCAACCCACUUGAACAACUUCAUUGAAGAGAAUCCAUCAGGAAUGCCCUUAGGGGACACUUUAGAUCGCAUGCAUGGAAAUGUAGCUUUGGAAACAAUAAGGCAGCAACAACAAGCCAGGUUACAGCAAUGGAAUGAACAUAAUGCCUAUCUCAGUCAAGGCACUAUUCCAUAUCAACACCAUCACCAUCCUCAUCUACCACAUCUUCCUCAGCAACCAAUUGGAUUGCAUCAGCAGCAGCAAGUUAGGGCAAACUGGAAACUUGCCAGUAAUACAGAAGAUGAAACAGAGGCAACAUAUUCAAGGUUCCAGGAUUUGCUGAGAGAACUGUCACACCGUGAUCAAAGCGAAAGUCGGGACUUAGCUGAAAUGCCACCCCCUCAGUCAAGACUGUUGCAAUACAGACAAGUUCAGCCCAGAAGCCCACCAGCACUCCCUUCUCCUUCCUGCAACUCUAACCACAGCGGUCACUUUCCUAACUUCGCUGAAAACAACAGAGACAUUGAAAUACCCAGUAACCCAGCAUUUCAGCAGCAUUUACCCCAAAUAUACAAUCCCCCUUUCUCGAUGCCAUCUGAACAUAUAACCCCAUCUCCCUUGAAAUACCUGCAGCCUGAUGGAUCGUGGACUUAUGCUAACCUACAGCAGAAUCACCUUAUGGGGCAGGGCUUUCAUUACGGUAUACCUCCAUUGCCCCAUAGGUCGCAACAAAACCCUUUUAUACAAAUACCGAAUCAUCAGCAUGCAGUCGGUCAGGAGCCAUUUCAUCCACUCGCAUCUCGAGCAGUAUCUGCUUCUUCGCUCCACAGCCUAGAAGAGUAUGAACCAAGAGGACCAGGCAGGCCGUUGUACCAAAGACGAAUUUCCUCUAGUUCAGUCCAGGCUUGUUCUGAAGAAUUAAGCACUCCUCAAGACAGUCUUGGUCAGUGUAAAGAGCUUCAGGACCACAGUAACCAGUCAUCUUUCAACUAUUCAUCACUUGAGUUGUGGGUAAACUCCUCCUCAUCUGCCCCGUACCCAAACAUUCCAUGCAACGGAGCCACCAGAGCAGUUCCACCCCGGGAGCUGUUAGCUCCUCCGAAGACGGUCAAGCCCCCAGAGGAACACCUGAAGGCCGAAAACAUCCAGCUCUCCAAUUCCUUCAACUACAGCGUGCUCCAACACCUGGGCCAGUUCCCACCUCUCAUGCCCAACAAGCAGAUCGUGGAGUCCAACAGCACCAGCCAGCAGAACGCGGGGGGGAACAAGCCCGUCAUGUCCUACGCAAGUGCUCUGCGGGCUCCGCCAAAGCCCAAACCUCCUCCUGAGCAGACAAAAAAGAAUAGCGACCCUUUGUCUUUGUUUCAGGAACUUAGCCUAGGUAGUUCAUCAGGUAGCAAUGGCUUUUACUCCUAUUUUAAAUAACCAGAUUAUUUUUUUUAGAGAGAAUUUAAUUUUUAUUUGUGUCAGUAGAUCUAAGGUAGUUGGGGCUUCACCUGUAGUUGCAAAUAUUCCCUUUGUUUAUAUUAGUAAAUAUAUCCUCACUUAAUUGCUUUGCUGCUAGACUUGCAACUAAUUUUUUAAUUAUAUUCCAUUAUUUUGCAUUUUUUUGAUGUGGGUCGGUUCUUUUGGAAGCUUUUCUGUAGGAAAACACACACACAUUAUUUUUUAAUUUGUGUAAUGUUAAUGAUAUGUUGCGUUAAACUAGCAGCUGAGAGGUUACCUGUACAACUUCAAAAAAAGGAAAAAAAAAAAAAGAAAAAAGGAAAAAAAGAAAAAAAAAAGUUUGUCUAAAUUGUAUUUAAGAAGAUUGUAAGUAGCAUUUACAUUUAUUCAAUAACAUUAGCAUACUAUGCUGGGUUUCUGUACCAGAAAUGGCCAGUUAAUGUAAAAAUGUAUGUUAUUUCUGCUUAAAUUCAUUUAAUUUUUUUUUUUUUUAAAUAAAGGUGCAGCAUCUUCUAAAUACUUUCAGUUUUAUCAGCUUUUUUGUGAAGGGAUGCUGCAUUCUCAGACUUUUAUAGUUUUAGAUUCUGUAUGAUGUGGUAUUGUAUUUUCCAUCCACUGUAGGGUAAAGUAAAGGCAUUCUUUGCAGACACCUAUGCCAUUGUUUGGAAACAUUCAGAUAAAAAGUAUUGGUAUACUUUAAAAAAAAAAAAAAAAAAAACAAAAAAAACCAAAAAAACCCAAAAAAACCCAAAAAACCCCCAAAAAACCCACAACAAUAAAAAAGAAAAAAAAAAAAAAACACAAAAAAACCCUCUACAUUUUAUUUUUGGACAAGCUAGUAAUAUAAGCUUGUUUGAAAAGUUAAUUUGAUAGGUUUUUUAAAUGAAUCAUGAAGCUGAAAAUAAAUUUUUAGGUAUGUUGGUGCUUAGUAGAUUUAAUAACUAUUUUAAAAAAAAAUGCGUGAAUUUAGUAAAAUACUUUUUUGUUUGUUUGUUUAAUUUUUUUUUCCACUAUGCAUGUGUAAAUGUUUGUAAUCUGGCUUUUUCCUCCCCCCUUCUCCAGUGGUAUAAAGAAUUGUGCCGCUUUAAUUUUUUUUUUUUUCCGGUAAAACUUUUGGUACAUUAUUUGAUGUUUACAUUAAAAUGUGACAUUAUACAAGGAAAUUCAGAUAUUUUGCUAACUGUUUUGUUUGAGGAACAUCAUUAAAGAAGAGAUUUAAUGUU